AACAAGCCCCUGGUCUGUCUUCUCAUGAAAUCUCCCAUCUGUUUCAGGCGGAGGCGAGGCUCGCUGCGAAGCGGGCAGCCCGCGCCGAGGCUCGAGAGAUCCGAAUGAAGGAGCUGGAGCGGCAGCAGAAGGAGGUUGAAGAGAGACCAGAGAAAGAUUUCACCGAGAAGGGCUCGCGUAGCCUGCCCGGCCUGUCUGCAGCCGCCCUGGCCUCCCUGGGCGGGACCUCUAGGAGGGGAAGUGGGGACACCUCCAUCUCUGUUGACACGGAGGCGUCCAUUAGGGAAAUCAAGGAACUGAAUGAGUUAAAGGACCAGAUUCAGGACGUAGAAGGCAAAUACAUGCAGGGGUUGAAAGAGAUGAAGGACUCACUAGCAGAAGUUGAAGAGAAGUAUAAGAAGGCUAUGGUUUCCAAUGCUCAGCUGGACAAUGAAAAGACGAACUUCCUGUACCAGGUCGAUACCCUAAAGGACAUGUUGCUGGAGCUCGAAGAGCAGCUGGCUGAGUCCAGGCGGCAGUACGAUGAGAAAAACAAA